AUGGCGUAUAAAAAUUCUCUGCCGAAUUCUCAAGAUAGAUGGAAAGUUUCUGAUACUUAUAAUACUUUAUAUAGCGAGAAAAACAUUCACAACGAAAUCACUUUGUCUCUGGUAGACUCGGCAGAUACGAAAAGUAAUAAACAUGGAAUUUCGGAAAAACUAAGUUAUACUACAAAAGAUAAUAUUAAUAAUUCAACCACAAUGCCUUUGCAACCAAAAGGGAGUUCAUUUGUUACGAUGGCUUUAUUGGCCACCCAGAUACAGGCUUUAGAAUCGGAACUUAUAACGGUUGGGAAGAGGAAAAAAUCGAAACGAAAAAAUAAUUUUGAUCAAAUUAAUACUUCUUUAUCAUCUAAAUAUGAUGAAAAAAUUCAUUCUCCGAUAAGUCUUGAGAAUGACCUUCUACAAUAUAAAAAACAUGAAAGAGAUGAUAGUUAUUCAGAUUCAAGUUUACAAUUUCUUUCAUCGAAUAAUUCGGUUAGCGCAACCAGCACACGUCUUACAACUCCAGUUGACUCGAAUUUUGAUUUUACGAAAUCUGAACUUUCCCCACCAAAUACGGAUGUUAAAAACUCAUUCAACGUUUAUCAGAAAGAUGUAGAAGAAAUUCAAUUUCUCACAAACAAACUUGAAGAACAACAACAGCAACACAGGGGAGAGCUUGAAAAAUUACGAAAAGAACAUAUUACUCAAUUAAAUAAAACAAUGCUAGAUUAUGAAAAGUCAAUAAAUGAUCAAAAGAAAGAAUUUGAAAUAGCUAUUCGAGAACUUAAAAAUAUUAUGGAAAAAGAAAACAAAACAAAAAUGGAUAAAUUAAGAAAAGAAUUGACUAAUCAAAGUAAAGGUAAUGAAGAAAAAAUGAUGAAUGAACUAUCUAUUCGUUAUGAAUCUCGAACAGAAGAAUUAAUGAGGCAUCAUGAUAUAGAAAAGAAUAAAAUUGUAAAGGAAUUAAAGUCCAUGAAAAAGUUAAAAGAAAAGUCGGAGGAUGAGUUAAUAGAAAAUAAAAAGAUUUUCCAAAGUGAAAAACGGUCCAUUAGGCACGAAUAUGAGAGAGAGAUAGAAAUACUUCGUGAUGAACAUGUAAAUCAGUUAGAUUCCAUGAAGCGAGGAGAAACCAAAAAAGCUUUUAUGCAAAUAAGGGAUCAAUUAGUCCGCAUGAGAAGGGAUGGAGAGAAGGAACUACGGAAUAGGAUGGGAGAACUAAUGCAUGAAUUGAGUGAAAAAGAAGCUGCCGAGAAUUCUUGGAUCAAAUAUAAACGAGAAAAGGAAUCCACUUUAUUAAAUUUAAGAAUUCAGCUGAGUUCUUUGGAAACGACAAUUCAACAAAAAGAAACCAAAAUAGUUGAAUUACAGGAUGAGCACGCUCGUUCAUGGAAGGAAAUAUGUGUUCUCAAUAAGAAUAAGGAGAAUACCACUAAGAUGAUAGAAACGUUCCAACAAAAAACUGAAGAGAUAAUUAAGGAUUUGAAACGACAAUUGGAUGUUAAGACAAAGGCAGAAGGAGAAUUUGAGCCAAUUGUCAAGACGCUUCGUGAACAAUUAAAUGGUGCUAAUGAGGAGCUUUCGAACUUACGAGUUCAACUAUACGAUUUAGGACUAAAAUUCAAUGAAGAAAAAGAACGUUGUGAAGACUUGGAAAGACUGAUCGAAAAUAAAUCAGAUUUGAUAAGCAAACUUCAACUUCAAUUGGAACGUAGGAAAGCUGAAAGUGAAGAAUUAGAAUCAAAUAAGAAGAUGGAUUUACAAAAUUUCAAAGACAGACAAGAACAAUCCAUAAUGUUACUUCGUACGAAUUUGAAAACUGACCAUAAAAAAGAAUUACAAGAACUUCGUGAUCGACUUGUGAAAGAAUAUGAAAUUAAAUUAAAAGAAUUAGCCGAUCAUAAUUCGAGGAUAGAGCGAAAUAGUGUACAAAAUUCUGAAACUGUAGAGGAAUUAAAAGAAACAACUCGUCGUCUCGCAGGUGUAGAGUCUGCUUUUAAAGAAUUAAAUGCUAAACAUCAACAACUUAUACAUAAAAAUCAGCAAUUGACAAAUGAAAUUUCCUUUUUUCGUUCUAAAGUUGAACAACUUGAGACUGAUAAUCUUGAUUUAAAAGAAAACAAUAUAUUAGUCACAUCAGAAAAGGUAAAGGUGGCCGAAGAACUGAAGGACUCAAAAGAUGAGAUGAAACGAUUUCAGGAUGAGUGUUCAAUAAUAAGAAAUAAAAUGAUUGAAUUGGAGAAUGAACGUGAUAGAUUUCAAGAAAUUGAAUCUCAAAGAGUCAGAUUGGAUCAUGAACUAGCAAAACUUAAAUCUGAUUAUAGUAUAAAGAUAAAGGCAACUGAAGAAAUGACUAAUGAUUUAGAAACCGUUGAAAAACAAAAAGAGUCUCUAUCCAAAUUAUUGGAAGAACAUCAAAAUGGUAUGCAAACUUUUAUGAAAGCAAUUGCAGCUGAACGAGGGACUUGGUCUCAGAAAGAAUCCGAUCUUAUUUCUAAUUAUGAAAUUGAACUGAGAGAUAGAGAUUCAGAAUUAGAAGGACUUCGUAGUGAAUUGGUUCAUAUUAAGAAACAUUCUGACGGGUUAGAACAACGUUUGCAAGUAUCUCAAGAAUAUGAAAUAAAACAAUUAGAACUAGCACAAAAAUAUGAAGAGGCGUUACGAGAAUGUGCAAAUAAAGAAAAUGAAAUAUUAGACCUUAAAAUGUUUAAAAAACAAUCACAAGCACGUAUUGAAAGUUAUGAGUCUUCAACAAGCCGUUUGACAUCAAAGUUACGGACCAUUGAAGCUGACGCUGAUCGAGUAAAACAAAAUGCGGAUGUAAAAAUAAGUGACCUUCAAAGCCGACUUAGAGUUUCAAUGACAGAAAUCGAAGAUUUACAUAAUCAAGUCUCGGAUCUUAAACAAAAACUCAUUGAGAGGGAGGCUAUGAUACAAAAUCAUUCCCGUACUAAAAGUCGAGAUGGUCCUAACGAUACUUUUAAAUUAAAUUCACUUACAAAGCAAAUUGAAAAAUACAAAGCUACUCAACAGAAUCUCGAAGCUCAAAUAGCAGAUCUUACCCAAAAACUCCAAAAAGUACACCAAGAAUAUAAAGAAGAAAAAUCCCAUAUUUUCAAUGAUCACCAACGAUCACUGCAAGCGUUGAAGCAGCAGCAAGAUGAUGAAAUUACAAAGAUAAACACAACGAUGCAAUCACGACUAACAACACUUGAAAAACUCCAACGUAAUAUAAAAAAUGCUACAGAUCAUUUAAGUAAUGGUAACGAACAACGUUUGUCAGAAUUAGAGAAUUCUUUGAGAGAGUCACGUUCCAAAUGUGAGAAAUUGAAUGAUAAACUUAAUAUAGAAUCUUUGGAAGAAGAAUUACAAGAG